AUGACCAACCCUCAAACCCCAUCCACCGACGCCGGCGCCGGCGCCAACAUCCUCACACCCAACAUCAACGUCUCCAACCUCAAGCCCAUUACAAAAAUCAGACUCUUGCCCUCCAAGCCCAUCCUAACCCCGCCCACAACCACAGGCACAACAGGCACAAGCACCACCCCGAGCUUGAGCCCGAGCCCUAAACCCAAGGCUAUCAAGCUCAAGCUCAAGGCCUCGUCAUCCUCGUCUUCAGUCUUCGCUACCAGUCGCCGGCGCAAACUUCACCGCCAGGAAGACGUUGCGAGCUCCCGUCAGUCCUCUGAGCCUAGUACUCUGGUAUAUCCAGCCGCAGCAGCAGCAGCAGCAAGCCCAGCAACAACAGGCACAGAGGUAACAACAACCACAGAGGCAAUCACAGAGGCAACGGCACCAGUCACAACCUACACCUCACCCUACACCUCUCUCUACACCACCACCCCCCGCGUCGACCACUGGCUCAACCAGCAAGUCGCACUCCACGCGGCCCGCGGAUCCCCCUUCUCUUCCUUCUCCGUCUCAGCCAGCCUCGGGAACAAGAAGAAGCCGAGAAUCCUUAUCUCGACGCGGAAUCUCACAUGGAUCAAGGCGAGCAACGGGGUCUGGGUGAAGGUUCCGCUCGCGAGUUGGAAGGAGAGGCAGUACCAAGGUUGUGUUGAGGACGAGUCGUCGGAGUGA